AUGCAGCUUCCCUGGUUGCUAAGGGCGUGUCUCUGGUUGCUAUGCAUCACCCAGGUGUGGGCCGCGACCUUCAAACUGGCCCUGAUUGGCCCCUGGUCAUGUGACCCAAUGUUCUCCCGGGCAAUGCCCACGGCGGCGGCCAACCUGGCGUUGUCACGGUUACAGAGCGACAGCGGACUGAGCAAAGGAUUCUGGUACGACGUGAAGCUGCUGGAGGAGGACUGCUCCGCCUCCAAAGCGCUGACAGAACUCGGGGAGAUGGAGGGUUAUGGCCACGCCUACAUUGGCCCUUUUAACCCCGCCCUCUGUCAUGCUGCCUCCCUACUGGCCGAGCACUGGGAGGCGGGGCUUGCCUCUCCUGGCUGUCUGGACACCGAUUGGCCGAACCUGCCGCCCAUCACUCCUCCCAGCAGAGUCCUGUUCACCGUCCUCAGAUUCUUCCGCUGGGCGCACGUCGCCGUCAUCUCAGCUCCGACUGACCUAUGGGUGAGCACUGGACAGGAAGUGGCCUCGGCGCUCCGGGCUAUGGGCCUGCCCAUUGGUCCGGUGGUGACCAUGGAAACACAAGACAAGGGCGGAGCUCAGGAUGCGCUGAACGAGAUCCGAGAGGCUGACCAGGUGAAAGUGGUCAUCAUGUGCAUGAGCUCCGUCCUCAUUGGUGGAGAGGACCAGAAAGAGCUGCUAUUGGCUGCACUGGACAUGGGGAUGGUUUCCGACGGUUACGUGUUUGUUCCGUAUGACGCGCUGCUGUACGCGAUGCCCUACCAGGACACAGUGUUCCACCAGCUGACCAACAGCACGCGGCUCCGUCACGCCUACAGCGCCGUCCUCACCGUCACCAUGGCGUCCGACCAGAGCUUCUACGAAGCCUUUCGUCAGGCGCAGAUGAGCCGAGAGAUUCGCUCAGCGGUCUCUGCCAAGGAGGUGUCUCCGAUGUUCGGGACCAUCUUCAACAUGGUGUACUUCGUCGCUAAGGCCGUGGAGGAGCGUCGCCAGGCAGGGGGCGGGCACUGGGUGACGGGCAACCAGCUCGCCCAAUCGGACGGAGGCUUUGAUUUCCAGGGCUUCAAUCAGGUGUUAUAUGGAGGUAAAGGGGGGCGGGGCCUGCAGUCCAGGUACGUGGUGUUGGGCAGCGACGGCGACCGCUUCAUGCCGACUCACUCUCUCGCACCGACUCACACCGACGGGAUGAUCGGAAACCUCCGACCGCUGAGCCGAUCCUUCAUCUUCCCCGGAGGAAAACCCCCCCCGGCCAGCUUCUGUUGGUUCGAUCCGGAGGAGGCCUGCAGCGGCGGUGUGAACACGCUGAUGAUGGCCGCCGCCGUGCUGCUGCUCUGCGCUCUGAUUGGAGCGUUUCUUUACUGGAUCAGAAAGCACAAGAGGACAGUGAACGUCACCAAACUGAUCCUGACUCUGGACGACAUCGUCUUCAUCGACACUCAAGUCAGCAGGAAGAAACUGAAUGACGAAUCAAUCAUGAGGAGUCUCCUGGAAAUUAAAACUCCGUUCCGCUCGAUUGCUCGAAGUUACAUCCUGACGACACCGGAGAGCUCCAACAUCGGCAUCCUGGAGACCAGAGAGCUCCUGUGGACAGCUCCAGAACUAUUGAGGUCUCCGAUCCGUGGUGGUUCUUUUGCUGGAGACGUCUUUAGUUUCUCCAUCAUCAUCCAGGAAGUGAUUUCACGAACGCUGCCGUAUGCCAUGAUGGACAUGCCAGCCCACGAGAUCGUGGAGCGUCUGAAGCAGCCUCCUCCUCUCUGCCGGCCCAUCGUUUCGGUGGAUGAAGCUCCUGCCGAGUGUCUCGCUCUGAUGAACGAAUGCUGGAAUGAAGAUCCGAUCAAGAGGCCGAGCUUUGAUGACGUUUUCAAACAGUUCCGCGGCAUCAACAGAGGGAAGAGGGCCAACAUCAUCGACUCCAUGCUGCGGAUGCUGGAGCAGUACAGCUCCAACCUGGAGGACCUGAUCCGAGAGCGAACAGACGAGCUGGAGGUGGAGAGGAACAAGACAGAGAAGCUGGUCGGGCAGCUGCUGCCAAAGUCUGUGGCUCAGGCUCUGAAGAAAGGCAAACCGGUCCGACCUGAGCAUUACUCCGACUGCACCCUGUACUUCAGCGACAUCGUGGGAUUCACCACCAUCUCAGCGCUCAGUGAACCUAUCGAGGUGGUGGAUCUGCUCAACGACCUCUACACCAUGUUUGACGCCAUCAUCGCCACUCAUGACGUCUACAAGGUAGAAACCAUCGGAGACGCCUACAUGGUCGCCUCAGGGGUUCCCAACAGGAACGGUCACCGACACGCAGCAGAAGUGUCCAACAUGUCUCUGGACAUCCUGCACUCCAUCGGAGCCUUCAAGAUCAAACACAUGCCUGAGAUCAAAGUGAAGAUACGCAUCGGGCUGCAUUCAGGUCCGGUGGUGGCAGGUGUGGUCGGCCUCACGAUGCCCAGGUACUGUCUGUUUGGAGACACGGUGACCACGGCGUCCCACAUGGAAGCGAGCGGACUGCCCUACAGGAUCCAUAUCAGCCUGAGCACAGUCAAGGUCCUGACCAGCCUCAAACUGGGAUAUCACAUCGACACCAGGAAGGCUCAGACUGCAGGUCCAGAACCUUCAGCAGCUCCUGAUGUGCUCCAGAUGUUCCUGGUGACUGGACCUCCGUCUACAUCUAGUGCCGGGCAGAACUACAAACAGAAACUAACGCCGAGGCGGCGCCCCCUAGCUGGCCCAGAGGACCUGACGAUGGGCCAGAGCCCAGAUGCGUCCUUCAGGAUCAGAGCCAGGUGUGUUGCUGCUGCUAGCUUGAGUCUGAGCCUACAGCGACCNCCCGUGUUCACACCUGUUCCCGUGUUCACGCCUGUACCCGUGUUCACGCCUGUUACCGUGUUCACGCCUGUUCCCGUGUUCACGUCUGUACCCGUGUUCACACCUGUACCCGUGUUCACACCUGUUCCCGUGUUCACGCCUGUACCCGUGUUCACGCCUGUACCCGUGUUCACGCCUGUUCCCGUGUUCACGCCUGUACCCGUGUUCACGCCUGUUACCGUGUUCACGCCUGUUCCCGUGUUCACGCCUGUACCCGUGUUCACACCUGUACCCGUUCAGUUUCCUGUUUACCUGGCUUACCUGUGCUCUGAUUGGCUGUGCUGUUGCCAGGGCGACUGGGUUUGGCUGAAGAAGAUUCCUGUGACCAAGACGAUAACGGCUGUAAAUCCAGGGACCCAGAACCUGUUCAGUCAGUUGCGGGAGAUGCGUCAUGAGAACCUGAACCUGUACCUGGGUCUGUUUGUGGAUUCGGGCAUCUUUGCUCUGGUGGUUGAACACUGUCCUCGAGGGAGUCUGGCAGACCUGCUGGCUGACAGCAACAUGAGGCUGGACUGGAUGUUCAAGUCCUCCCUGCUCAUGGACCUCAUCAAGAGUUUGUUCUCCUGGUGGUUCAGCUGUGCCAGUCCCGGCGACCAGACGGUGAAGGUGAUGGGAAACGGACUGGGAACCUCCAACUCCUUCUCCUUCAACAUGUUCCAGUUCUCUGGGAGCUCUGGUGAAGUCUACCUGCACUGCAAACUCCAGCUGUGCGUCAAAGCCAAGACGAGCUGCGACCCGAAACCAGUUGAGGAGAAGAUGAAGCUCAACGGACCGUAUAGAAACCAGCCCAGGAGGCUGAUGCUGGUGACGUCAGACAGACAUGCGCAGAAGAGCCUCACUCUGCUUUUCUUCACAUUCCUUCACAGCCUGUCAGUCAGCGCUAAGCCCCGCCCCCUCCAUGACUGA